AUGAAGGCAGGAAUGAAGGCAGGAAUGAAAGCAGGAAUGAAGACAAGAAUGAUUGAAGAAAUUAAGGCAGGAAUGAAGACAAGAUUGAAAGAAAGAGUGAGAACAAGAAUGAAGGCAGGAAUGAAAACCGGAAUGAAGACAAGAAUGAAGGCAGGAAUGAAAACCGGAAUGAAGACAAAAAUGAAAGCAAUUAUGCAGAGGAAGGUAAGAAUGAAAGUAGGAAUGAAGGCAGGAAUGAAUGAACAAAUUAAGGCAGGAAUGAAGGCAAGAAUUAAAGCAGGAAUGAAUGAAGAAAUUAAGUCAGGAAUGAAAGCAAAAAUAAAGGCUGGAAUGAAUGAAGAAAUCAAAUCAGGAACGAAGGCAAGAAUGAAGGCAGAAAUGAAGGCAAGAAUGGAUAAAAGCACGAAUGAAGGCGGGAUUGAAUGA